UGGACGUUGAACAACUUGUUUAAGUUAUGUUAUAGCGGUAUACAUUCGAUAGUGAAGCUCCUUGCUCUUAUCGAGACGUCCUUGGUAUCUGUCCAUUUAUUAUCGUUAAACGGCUUUCUUGUUCGUUUCCCAAAUAUACUUAUCAGUACGCACAUUUUCCUCAUCAACGUAAAAUGUCAGGUCAGUCACAACGUGGGAAGACGAAGUCUUUGAGAGCUCGAAAUCAGCGUAUGUCAAUGCCCCCCAUUAAUCCUUUGCGUGUGGCGCAUGCUCAGAAUGCCUCAAAUGACAACUUGGGGAUAUACGCGAACCCCAGACUAACGUAUAUUCUUGGACGCCAUGUUAUUGUAAGCAUAACUUACUUCAUUUAUGUGUAGGGAAAUGUGGGGGAAAUCAUUACUCUUGAAGGCGACCAUGUCCACGGUGUGAUAAAGGCUAUUUCUCCUUCCGUAAGUCCCAAUUUUAAUAUAUUGCAAGGCUGAUCUCGGUAUAACGUACGCUCAAGUUGCACAAAAAAAUGACAAAGGUAAUCGUAAGAACGUGGCUGACAAAACCAUUCUCUGGACAGAAAUUAAAAUGGUUCAAAUAUCUAACGUUAAAAGGUUGGACUGCCUAGUCGAUGAUAUAAAAACGGACAGUGAGAUCGCCAAAGACUGUUCAACUAACAACUUCGUGGAAGACAAGGAGCUGGUGCCGUUCUUUGCCUCGUCUGAUGUCGUCAAAGACUGUUUACUUGAUCAGGGAAGCUUUUCUGCGAUGGAAAUGUUUGAGACGAAUGAAAAAAUGUUUUCUGUCGUUUCCACGUAUAAUGACGAUCUUCGAGAGUAUACGACACCUGUUGACAGGUCUGCUCCAAAUUUCUCUGAAACCGAGGCGCGGUGUGCAAAACUGGCGCAAGACAUCACAGAAAAUUCUUCAUGUAUUAGUUUAGUUGACAAUGAAGAUAUUGGGAUGGAAAAUGAGGAGGAAAAGUAUAGUGCUGUUAGACGCAACGGGACAGUCCAGAAUUCGAUGCGGAAUGCGAAAAGCAAUUCUCGAACAAAUCUAGUUCCUGCAGAAACUCAAGUCAAUUGCCUUGGCAGUCAACUGUCUCAGGUAUGUAUUCAGUCAAGUAAGCCAAGUCACACCGAAGCUGUUCGUGUGAGUAUAUCUGUUGGGGAUGCACUAAAGUCAGACGUUGUUCCACAAGUUAAUGGAAUAUCUAAAUCCAGCACCCAAGCCGAUAAGGAUAAGGUCAAACUAUGUCACGACCAACCUACUAAAGUGUCUACACCUACUUGCGUGUGCACGUCAGCACCUGCGAAAACCAAUGUUGUUGAUGUACCUGUGUCGUCUGUUAGUAAAUCAAGCAGUACUGAAGAGCGUGUUAAAAAAUCAACACUCGAUCCCAACGCUCCUGAGUUCCAGCCUAUGGGUUUGUCUUAUACUUCACAUUCUGUUGCUACUGUGCCUCCUACUCUUCAACCUAGUUUACCUACUCUAAACAUGCCUAUUCCACAUUACGUAUCAACGGUAAACGUUAUUUCUCAAGCCUCUCAAUUACCGACACAAGCUACGUUUAUUGCUGCAGGUCAGCACAUGUAUGCACCUUACUCCUAUGGUCACCAGACACAUAUUCAACAACUACUACCUACUCCAGUUUGUUCCAAUGGACCUGGCACAAACCCUCAGCAUGUCCGAGGUAGUGCAUUACCCCAGUCUGUUAAUCAACAAAGCUAUGUCACUCAUGGUAGUAAUAUGAUGCAUCAGUUGGGACAGAAUGCUACAUUAGGGCAGAUUAUUACAGCUCCUCAGGUGAUUACAGGUCAGAACUCCACAGGUCGCCUUCCAGUUUGUCCUUCGUCUUCCGUCAACUUCACACGCCAACGUUCCAAUGAUUCACCUUCUUCGGUAACCCACUGUACAUCGUAUCCCGUCCAGCAGUCAACUAUGUCUAUUCCCACCUUCCAAUCACAAGCACUAUACCAGUUACCUCAACCAAACGGUACGUUCCCUUACUUGGUUUCCAGUCAUCCUCCGGUGGGACUGCAGUUCCUUCCUGGUUUGCCUACUGCUGUCAGUUCUGGUUUGAUGAUGGGAGGUGUUCACGUAUCACAACCUUCUAGUCAGCAAAUAUGCCCAACUCAUACCAUCAUGCAAAUGCAACCUGCGCAUCUGCAAGUUCCUGUUGGACAACCAGAUCAGAUUAAUCAAACAACUACACCUCAACAAACCUCCCAAUCUCAGCAAUUAUUCUCUCAACACUUUCAAGAUCAAUCCCACUCCAUCCAAAUCCCUUCAUACGCAAAUCUCCAAGCUCCAUAUCAUCACAAUCUAAUGUUCGCUCCUCAACAGAAUUCCCCUGGGUUUUAUCCCGGGCCAUCUGCAAUGAUAGCGGCACCAGGAGUUAAUCAUAUUGCUUCUGGCUUAUCACCCAUCGUUGGCCAACCGAAUCCUCAUCCACUGGGUGCCAGCGUGGCAAAUCAGUCGAAUCAAUCCGACUCUUCUUCAACCGCCUCCCAGCAGUUACAGCAGACUCAUAUUAUGUCUCAACCGAAUUGCCAACCACAACAAAUGUUACAACAUUACCCAGCAAUCCCUCAACCUCAUCUGCUACAAACACAGCAACUGUCCGCAGCUCAACAUAUAGCCGGUCACCAUAUCCCCGGCAACCACACUUACCAUGCGCUGAUGGCAGCAAUGGCGGCCGGUGGUGGAGUGGGAGCUACACAAGCUCAUUAGUUACUGGGUGUUUUGUAAUGCCGUUGACUGACAAGUAAUAUAUUCUAAGACAAAUUCCAGCGCUUUGUAAACUACCCGAUGCCUUUCAUUCUUGACACUAUCUUUAGGUGUCUCAAGUAGUAUUUUGUUGAAUCGAUCUCCAGAAAUAUGCAGGUGUAAUCUCAAAUCAUCGUGGUUUUUCCUGUUUCUGCAGUGUGUUGACAAUGAGUCCUAAAUUGUUGUAGAUGAUUCUUCUCAAAUUGUAAAGAUCGCUUGUAUGCAAAGUUUAGUAAAAUAUAUCAUCGCUAUGCAAAUAAUAUUUAUUACUGGUUCGUAGCGUAUUUUAUUUUACCUAGAGCUGUGGACUGCACAACAACUUUAGAUUUAAUUCAGAAACAGUUCAGACGCGUCACUUAAGUCCGUUUUGUGACAAAUCUUGCGACCACUAGACGUUAGUAACAUCCAGUAAGUUAUGGACUCCAUCGUACGCCGACCCUGGUGGGUUGCCCGUGUGCUGACGCAUUUUCCGGUGUGGUUAGUGCCAUCUAGACUUGCAGUGAUACCGUGUGCUGAAGUAGUUUGUAUUUACCAGCAGCUGAGUGGCGAUGUACAGCGUGGGUCCGUCAUACAGGUAGGUCUAAUAUCAGCUCCGUAUUUCGACACAGUACAGAGACCGGCCUGGUAGUCAGAUUUCUGGAUAAUUCGAGCAAGCAAAUUGUUCCUAUGUUUUCUAAACGUGAGAUCAUUGUAAAGUUACACGUGGCAGCUCCCUUGCGUGGUGAUUGCUUUGGUGCAGUGGUUGUCCGUAGCAAUUUCUAAAUUCGCGGCUUUUGAGGUGAGUGCAUAGCUAGUGUAAUCUUGCAUCUUUCUCUUGCGUGUUAUUGUCCCGCAUGCUUUCGCGCGGAUCCGUCCCUUGCCUGAACUUAAAUAUUCAUGUUAAGCCUUUUAGAGCGAUGAUUAGGGUGUUUGAUUCCCGCCUUAUCCCUCCAGCAACUCGAGUCAGUGUGAUUUCACUACCUCUCAUUAAGAGUAUGUCUAAGCGAACUAAUGACAGGGAACAUAAGAAUACACACGCAAAUGUCUUGCCUGUCGUUUGGAGAGUCGGACACCUCGAGUUCUUACCUCUCUAACAUUAAGUCGACGACGAUUUGUCUUAUUUCCGCGUAGGUUAGCUCCUCUUAACUCGAAAGUCUCCUACACUUGCCUCACUCUUCAAUCACGAGAUAAAUAUUUAGAUGAAGUCGACCGGAUUUAGGAAGUUUAUUUACUGAUAAUGAGACCGUCGUUCAAUAUAGA